CGCCGGGUCGCACGAAUCACAAUGAACGCGCAGCUGACGAUGGAGGCGAUUGGCGAUCUUCACGGGGUGAGCCAUGAACCGGUGCCCGCCACAGCCGACCUGAUGAGCAGCAGCCCCCACCACCGCAGCUCGGUAACCCAUCGCAGCAGCCACUUGCCCGCUCACCCCCGCUCCAUGGGCAUGGCGUCCAUCCUGGAUAGCGGCGGGGACUACCACCACCACCACCGACCCCCCGAGCACGCCCUGGCGGGGCCCCUGCACCCCACCAUGACCAUGGCGUGCGAGACCCCUCCAGGUAUGAGCAUGACCAGCACUUACACCACGUUAACCCCUUUGCAGCCUCUACCUCCCAUCUCGACUGUCUCGGACAAGUUCCCACAUCACCAUCACCACCACCACCACCACCACCACCCUCACCACCACCAGCGGAUCGCCGGCAAUGUGAGCGGUAGUUUCACUCUUAUGCGGGAUGAACGGGGACUAGCGUCCAUGAAUAACCUCUACACCCCCUACCACAAGGACGUACCCGGCAUGGGCCAGAGUCUUUCGCCCCUUUCCGGUUCUGGGUUGGGGGGCAUUCACAACUCCCAGCAAGGACUGCCCCAUUAUGCCCACCCGAGCGCCACCAUGCCCGCUGAAAAGAUGCUUACCCCCAACGGCUUCGAAGCCCACCAUCCCGCCAUGCUAGCCCGGCAUGGGGAACAGCACCUCACCCCCACCUCCGCAGGCAUGGUACCCAUCAACGGCCUCCCGCACCACCCCCAUGCCCACUUAAAUGCCCAGGGUCAUGGGCAGAUCCUGGGCACUGCCCGGGAGCCAAACCCCUCGGUGACGGGCUCCCAAGUCAGUAAUGGAAGUAAUUCAGGGCAAAUGGAAGAAAUCAAUACCAAAGAAGUGGCGCAGCGGAUCACCACCGAGCUCAAGCGGUACAGCAUCCCUCAGGCCAUCUUCGCUCAAAGGGUACUGUGCCGCUCGCAAGGGACCCUCUCAGACCUGCUGCGCAACCCUAAACCCUGGAGCAAACUGAAAUCCGGCCGGGAGACCUUCCGGAGAAUGUGGAAGUGGUUACAGGAGCCGGAAUUCCAGCGAAUGUCAGCGCUCCGGUUAGCAGCGUGCAAACGAAAAGAGCAAGAACAUGGGAAGGAUAGAGGGAACACACCCAAAAAGCCUAGGUUGGUCUUCACAGAUGUCCAGCGUCGAACUCUACAUGCAAUAUUCAAAGAAAAUAAGCGUCCAUCCAAAGAAUUGCAAAUCACCAUUUCCCAGCAGCUCGGGUUGGAGCUGAGCACCGUCAGCAACUUUUUCAUGAAUGCAAGGAGGAGGAGUCUGGAUAAGUGGCAAGACGAGGGCAGCACCAAUUCAAGCAAUUCAUCUUCUUCAUCAAGCACUUGUACCAAAGCAUGAAGAAAUAACCACAAACUAAAACCUCGGUGGAAAAGCUUUAAAUAAAAAUAAAAAUUAAAAAAAAAAACCAGGACUUCAAGAUAGCAGGUUUAUACUUAGAAUUAUUUGAAAAAAAAAGUUAUUUAUAGUCCAAAGAAACCAAAGACUGAACUCACCUGCAUCCUGACUUUGUUCUGAGACACACACUUCAGCAGGGUGAUGACUUGGCAAGGAAGUUAAGAGCAAGAGAACUGCUGGGUCUUACACCAUCCAUCCAUGAUCAUUCUUGCUGUGCUUGGCUGUUUAGUGGUUUGAAGCAUAGUGAUUUUUAGCCAUUGAAUGGACAUCUUUUCAGAUCUGACUUCUUCAUCUCUUCUACCACACCAUGAAGGUGUAUGGUGUCUCAGUACUGUGCGCGCACACAUACCCACACACACACACCCACCACCAAUGGUUAGGGACUUAGGCAGGGCUGGUCUUCAGGAAGGGUUGUACUAUGGAGUACAGCCAACAUGGUGUGGAGCUGUCUGAGUUCAUUUGAACAGAAGUGGGAUUUUGCUCUUCUAUUGUUUGAACCUGCCAGGCCUGUAACCUAAAUGCAGAUUCAA